UAGGGGAAAUAAAAAUGAUGAGGAAUCUGUGGUACACACAAAGAAAAAAAUUAAAUACAAUUCAGAAAAGUCGACCAGAAAUAUUGAAAUGGGUUGGCUACAUGAAGAUGGAAACAAAAUUGUGCAAGUACGUAGCAAAAAAGGGGGAGGAACUAGGAAACUGACAGUGGAGAAAUCUGCGAUGAAACAAGAACUGAUUGAAGCUGCGCAAAAAGUGUUUUUCCCUAACGGUUUCUCACCCAAAGGAAACAUCGAGGAUUUCGAUUUUGACUUGCUAGACUUCAAACACAAUGAAUAUCCACCAGAUAUAUCUAUUUCUCAGAUUUUGAAUAGUACUAAAGUAAAAGUUCUUCGAUUUUAUUUAAAAUCUGAGCGAAAAAACAUAAAUGCCGCAGAAAAAGACGUCAUCGAACAGUCAACUGCAGAGGCCUCAGAAGUAGUGGUGGCAGCUGAAACUGCCCGAUUUUAUUCAAAUUUUCUAGAUGAAGAUCUUGACAUACUACAAGAGGAUGCCAUUACCACAAAUGAUGUGGUUAUAUUUGAUUUGGAGUCUGCUUCGGAGCCAGGUUUGCAGGAAUUAUUUAAUAAUCCACAUUUUGACAUACAUCCAAAUGAACGAUUCUUAGAAACAACUACAAUGUCAGCACAAUUGCCUGCUAUUCAGAGUACUUCUACCAGUGUACAGAAUUAUACUACAAAUGUUCUUGAUAGAAACCGUCCAAACCUUGAAGAUCUAAAUGCAGAAAACCAAUUUCAGCAAACAGAUAAUAUUCAAACGUUAACACUACACAGAGGCAAAAUAUUUGAGGAACUGAUAGAAGCUUUUCAGAAGCACACGUUUCAUUAUUCUUGUGCUCUAAAAAUUGAAAUGAUUCUUCCAAACGGAGAAACAGAAUACGCAGAGGAUGUUGGAGGAGUUUUCCGAGAUACACUUUCAGAAUUUUGGUCCAGUUUUUAUGAGAAGUGUUCUGUAGGAACCAAUCUGAAAAUUCCGUAUUUGCGACACGAUUUUAAUGAAACUCAGUGGAAAGCGAUUGCAAGUAUAUUCUUAAAAGGUUUUACUACAGAAAGUUAUAUUCCAAUAAAAAUAGCUCCUGUUUUUAUUCUGAGUUGUUUGGGAUGUGCGAUACAAGAUGAAGAUCUAAUACAAAAUUUCUUGCAUUUUGUUUGCGAAUCUGAAAGGGAAAUUCUCCGGCAAGCAUUGUUGGACUUCGAUAAUGUGGACAGUGAUGAACUCUUAGACAUUUUCUCCAAUUAUGAUGCAAAAUGGAUUCCCACAAAAACCAAUAUUAAUUUAUUCUUAAGGGACAUUGCCCACAAAGAGCUCAUUCAAAAGCCCGCUUUUGUUAUUAAAUGCUUCGGACAAGUAUUCCAAACGCACAGUAGGAUUAGCACCUCUGAAAUUAUGGCUCUAUUUAACAACAUAAAACCAUCCUCAAAAAACUGUUUGGCAAAAAUUCAUUUACAAAAUGCAAACGAAACUACGCCACAAAUAACAGAAAUAUAUGGAUAUUUGAAAAAAUUUAUAAAAGAAGUUGAUGAUAGUACACGUUCGGCCUUUUUCAGAUUUUGUACCGGGUCUGAUUUACCUACAAGAGACAUUUAUGUAUCAAUUAUUAACACAACUGGCUUUGGGCGGGUUCCAAUAGGGCAUACAUGUUCUGGGUUGUUAGAAUUGCCCUCAAGUUACGAAAAUUUUGUAGUUUUUAGAAGUGAGAUGACAAAUAUCCUGCAAUCAAAUGUAUGGGUAAUGGAUAUUGUUUAAUAAAAAUAUAUAGGUAUAUGACUGUUCAUAUUUAUACCUACAUAUGUCUUAGCAAUAGGUAGGUAUAAUAUGUAUUAUUUUAUUUUUUGUUGCAAUUUUUAUUUUGUAUUGUUGUAAUACAUACCUACCUACAAAAUAUGUUUGACGAGUACUACUUCAAUCACAAAUUAUAGGUAUUCCAUGUAGCAAUGUAUCAUACAUUUCCGUUUCUAUUUUUGUGUCAUAUUUAUUUAUUAUGUUUACAAAAUUAUGUAACCUACCUAGUUUUUCGUUUUCUGUUUUGAGUUUUAAGUUUCUCUUAUUUGUGACAGAUGCCUAAAUGUUGUGCCUUAAAAUAA